UCUCAUUCCAACCUUAUUGUAACAUUGCUUUCUAAGCCUCUGGCCCGGCCUGUUCUCUCUCCCACCCCUUGCUCUCCCUCGUGUCAUUGUUUCAGAACAGGCCAAAUCUGAAGUUCUUCCAAGGGUGUGGCUGUGUUCAUCCUUUUCCCCAGCCCAAGUGGAACAGCGAGAAAGCGUGAGAAGGACAGGCACUUUCGGAAACCAGAGGACGCAGUGGACAGAGCGGGCGCUAUAGACAACAUGAUGUUCUUUGGACCCAAGUCACUGCUGCUUGUCAUGGUGCUGCUUAUUCCCUCUGGCUGGCUUCCCCUAGGCGUCAGUGGUCAACGAGGAGAUGAUGUGAUUGAGCCGUUCACAGAAGACCCCAAUCUGGUGAAUGACCCUUCUACAGAUGAAACAGUUCUGGCUGAUAUCACACCUUCCACAGAUGACCUGGCCUCAGCCGGUGACAAAAAUGCUACUGCAGAAUGCCGGGAUGAAAAAUUUGCUUGUACAAGACUGUACUCUGUCCAUCGGCCAGUAAAGCAGUGCAUUCUUAAGAUCUGCUUCACCAGUUUACGGCGCAUGUACAUCAUCAACAAUGAGAUCUGUUCCCGACUUGUCUGCAAAGAACACGAAGCUAUGAAAGACGAGCUUUGCCGGCAGAUGGCAGGCCUGCCUCCAAGGCGACUCCGACGCUCCAACUACUUCCGACUUCCUCCCUGUGAAAAUAUGAAUUUGCAGAGACCCAGUGGUCUGUGAUCAUCAAGGAAGAAAGAAUAAAGUGUGGGGGAGAGGGAUCAGACUUUCAUUCUCCUCCAACCCUCGUCGUCUGUCCCAUAGACGUGUGUUUUUAAACGAAGCCCUUUACAAUGUCCGGGUUUGACCCUGCUCUCUGAUUUUCACCAGAACUGGUAACUUUUGUCCCACUGUGCCGUACUGACAGUACAGUGUCUAUAGUGUUGCAUGGUUUCACUGGUUUCCAGUACAUAGACAAGGUGGACAGAUGAUGACCACACGACUUAGGCACACUCUACAUUCAGUCCUCAGAAGAAAGGGGCCUGGGGGGGUGUGACUCAGUUAGAGACUUUACCUAGCACGUGAGAAGCCCUGGGUCUGAUGGUGUAAAACUGCGCAUAGCGGUGCAGGAAGAUCAGAACUUUAAGGUCAUCUUCUGCUACACAUCAAGUUUGAGGGCAGCAUGCGAGACCCUAGUUUCAGGAGAUAACUUUAGGUUAAUAUUCUUUGUUUUUGUUUUUUAAUGGUGCUAUGGAUCGAACUCGGGGCUUUGUACAUGCUAGUCAAGCACUCUACCACUAAGCUACACUCCUCUCCCCUGAGUAAUUGUAGUUAUUGAAUGUAUUAACAAUAGGCGUGUGGGAAAGGCUCUGUUCCUCAAUUUUGGCUAGCCACAGAACUUCCUUCAGUUGCCUUCUAGAUGCUUCCUAGACUAAUGCCUCAUCAUUUACAUAAUGCUUCUCUACUCACUCAAACAUUUUGCAUGGAUUGUGCUAAAAUUUGCCCAGCAAGUCUUCUUGACAAGAAAGGUCAUGGUGGGCCAGAGAAGGUGCUCAAUGGCUAAGAACACUGGAUGUUCUUCCAUAGGACCUGGGUUCGGUUUCCAGCCAGCACUCAAAUGGUGGCUCAUAAUCAUAAGUCCACUCCAGGGGAUCCGAAAUCUUCCGGCUUCCAUGAGUCCUGCAUGCAUAUGGUACACACGCAUAUAUGUGGAAAACACACAUAAAAAUAAAUCUCUUUUUUAAAGGAAAAA